UCCACUGGAGCGGUGAAUAUGUGGAGUAUGUGGCGCUUCAGCGUCAGUGUAGUAAAGUCCGCUGGAGCGCCGUCUGGAUACGCGCUGAACGCAUUCAGCUGUAGCUCAGUCAUUUCUCACAUAUUGACCUUAUCUUACCUGCUUUUCACGUGAAGAACCGCUAACAAUGCCAAACUGGGGAGGAGGCAACAAGUGUUCAGCGUGCCGUGGGACAGUUUACCACGCUGAGGAGGUGCAGUGUGAUGGCAAGAGUUUCCAUAAAUGCUGUUUCCUCUGCAUGGUCUGCAGGAAGGGCUUAGACAGCACCACACUGGCUAUUCAUGACCAGGAGAUCUACUGCAAGUCCUGCUAUGGGAAGAAGUACGGCCCCAAAGGCUAUGGGUACGGUCAGGGUGCGGGGACGCUCAACAUGGACCGAGGAGAGCGACUGGGAAUCAAACACGAAGAGACACAGACCCACAGGCCGACCACCAACCCUAAUCCAUCCAAAUUUGCCCAGAAGUUUGGAGGUUCAGAGAAAUGUGCCCGCUGUGGAGACUCUGUGUAUGCAGCUGAGAAGAUCAUGGGUGCAGGCAAGCCGUGGCAUAAGAACUGCUUCCGGUGUGCAAAGUGUGGCAAGAGCCUGGAGUCGACCACUCAGACUGAGAAAGAGGGAGAAAUCUACUGCAAAGCGUGUUACGCCAAGAACUUCGGGCCCAAAGGGUUCGGUUACGGCCAAGGAGCCGGAGCUCUGGUUCACGCUCAGUGACGGCUCAACUGGAUCAGACAAUCGCACCGUCACACAUGAACAUCAUCCAGCCCUUUUCUUUUGUUUUCUUCCUUAAAUGCUUUUGUGUUGAAACAAAUAAAAACAUUAACAAACCA